AUGGAUUUUAUCAACGGCUGCACAACGAAUGUGCAUCUCCUCGACGGAUUUUCGACGACCGCUUUCACUCAAUACACGCACAUCGCGCCACACAGUAAUGUGUACCAGAAAAUUAAGGACGCGCAGAGCAAGGUCGUGGAGCUACGGUGGUCGAAAGCUUUGUGCACUCUCGUCGAUCAGGACAUCUGGGUGUUUGGGGAUGGAGAGCAUGACCUUGGCAGCAGCUACACCAUCGCAAAGACAGGCACAGUGGAAGGGCGUAAAGACGUGACCUGUCUGCUCCUACAUGCCAUCGAGUCGGCUCUGGCCUUUACACUUGCCCAGAAGGGUCAUCUCACACAUGUCGCGCCCUGGACAUGGUUGUAUUGCAGUCGCAGUCUGGAGGACGAGCCGGACAUUCUGAUGGUCACUUUACGUGUAAAAGACACUCCUAAUGGUGCGCUCUACCUUCUCUCAGAGGUUACACCGUCCACUUGGAUGCCAAGUGACCAGGCUUCUGACCACGUCAACGAAGACGUCUUGGUCGCACCACAUGGAAAGAUUGCCGUGAUAGCAGCCGAGGACGCGACAGGCGUGACUGCGGAUGUGCAGUGGAAGGAGUCUGUGACAGACRCUCUCAAGUUGGACGGCAUAGCUCUGGAUGAGGACGCCGAGUGGAUCAACGUGGAGUUGUCUGAGGAUGGAACUACCUCUAUCUUCACAUGGCCGAGUGAGCUUUGUCUCCUUCGACAGUCUCUCCCGCUGCCGGCUCAGCUCGCGUGGGCAGAUCGGACAGAAUGGCAGACAUGGACCGACAAUGGUCAAGGCAGAUUGUACCGUGAUCCCCUUGCAGAGGCCGAAGACUGGUUCGCGGGCUUUGCUGAAAGGAUUUCACGUGCUGCUGAGGAAGCAGAUAAGGAAGCAGCUCACAUGGAAUCCAACGGACCUUCUAGUUUUGCCAUCGCAAACGAUAUAAGCAUGACGACCUCUCCACCUUUCAUGCAGCGCACGGUCGACCACCAAGUCGCCAUGAGCGGGAUGUAUCCUACUCCUCCCGAUGGCCUGGCGCAACAAGGGCAGACACAGCUGGGCGCGCAAUCAGCCAUGAGCGCCGCUACUCCAUCAAUGGUACCUGUCGGAGAUACGGCUGCUGCGCCCGAGAUUAUCAACGAUGCACAGGACCACGGCGAUGAUGCGUUGGGGCUAGGUUCUUACUCCAUGGACGAGGUCGAGGAGGAUCUGUUCGGAGACGUGGGCGGGGAAAUGUUCGAAGAGAAUGAGGUUGGGGAUGCAGAUUUUGACUACUUUGAUGAACCAGACGAUGAGCCCGCCGCCGAAGCCUCGGCGGGGGAAGUAGACACGGAGAUGACGGACAUGCCCGUUGUGGAUAAUAGAAGCGACCUUUGCAUCGACGAUACUGCCGACGGAACUGAUGCGGAACCUGUUGAUUUGCACCGAAAGUCAGGACCUGUGCUUCAGCCAGUAUCCUCACCACCCUCAGCUGCGUUGUCCUCAAGACUCGCGACUGAUCCCAAGGUUGACGAGCAAGCAUCGGAGAUCAAGAGACGGCCUCUGAGUCCGUUCGGUAUUCGAGAACGUCUGCUACCACCACCAGUACCGGCCAGUGUUGCACACGGUAGCGACACGUCAAAGCAACUCAGAAGGAGCAGCAGUUUCGCCCCCAUCAUCUUUCGUGAUGGCGUGGAUCUGGCCGCGAAAUAUGCGAGCGUAGAUGUCGGACCAGAUUUCGUUGGCAAUGUCUCGGCGUCGGAACCAAGUAUCGCUCUACCACCUUUCAGGACAGCUGACCAAAGCGACGAUGACUCGGACGAAUCCGAGUCGGCGGCCUCUGAAACUGAUGAUGGCGAACUGCCGCCGAGACUCCCUUGGGAAGCCACAAAGAAGAGAAAGAGAGGUGGACAUGUGGUUGACACGGGCUCUGCUGACUUUGGGGGAACUUGGCGUGAGGAGAAUACGGGUGUGUAUGAGGGUAACGACGACAACGAGCAACAGCGGAGCCUUCGAAGAGCUCUACUGGACCAAGUGCUAUGCGCAACACUGCCAAGGAACGAAGAACUUUUCGUCAAGCAAGCGUCACCGGCCAUCAAACAAUCAAAAGAGGAGGAUGGAGAAUUGCCCAGCCUGGAAGAGCUCUACGAUCUGGAGAAGGAGGAUUUGAUCUAUAUCGCACAGCUCGUCAGCGAGCAAUCCGCCACAUGUCUCGCGACCCGUCCGUCGCCCAGCUCUCGUCAUAGUCGCAGCGCCUUUACGGCCACCUUGCUGAUCAAAGCACUGGCCGACCUCCUUUCUUCUCCUUUCGAAAUAUGCGACGUCUCCCGCCUCGCCCUAACCCGUGAUCCAGCUCCGCAACCACGGGCAAUUCCACGAGCUCCUGUACCUCCCCGAUCGGGCCCGGACAUACCAGACAUCUUUUCUCUUCCUGCUCCCUUUGUCCGCAUACAGCGCAACAACGACAAAUGGGAGAUGUUGCCGCCAGCGCUUUCGUUCUGGGAACCGAAUGGUCUUGCAGCAGCUUCCGGACCAAAGCACGUGAGAGCUAGGGCUAUUUUCCCCAGCAAUAGCGAUUUGAAAGAUGCGACUCGUGGUUUUAUGGAAGCUCUAGGUCGAGCUUACGAGGGAUGUAAGCUGGGGACGCAUUCAUAUGCGACUUAUGACAAUGGCGAGUUUGAUGGUGGAGCUCUGGUCGAAGAAGAGGGCGAAGAGAGCAGUAAAUCGGCGCUUUUGAAAGGAUAUGCAAAGGCUUGCGCUCGUGUGGGAAGGGAGCUGGCCAUCUGGUUCUCCGCAUUUGGUUGGCAAUCAGGCUGGGAUGGGACUUUCGUGGUUUACAUGCUCGACCCUUUCACUGGUGAAGGAUGGGCCGGAGGAAAGAAGUACAUGUGCGCUUGCUUCUGGACGCUUUUCCAGGCAUAUCUCGACCGACUGAAGCCUGGUAACAAAAGUAGAGGGAAUUCUGCUGUGCCCGAUGUGGUGCUUCAGGUUAUUCCAAUUGAGCAUGUCGCAAGCAUGGAUCGAUUAAUCAUCCCUGAUCCUCUGAUGCUGGCAAGUUUAGCGCGGGAGGUCUAUGAUCGAUGCCCGGCUCCACUAUCUGUCGAAGGAGAGGGUGAUGGGGAAGCUUCGCCUUCCAUACUGCUUGCGCCACCUGUUCCAAAACGAAUUGCGUUUCAGCUUCUCGCGGACGUGCCUGCUGAAUCGCUGCUGCAGGACGGAAGAGUGCUACAUCUGGCGGCCGUGAUGAGCGGGGAUCGUGAAUGGAUGAACUGCGUAUGGAGUGAUGGUCAGGGCCGCAACGUCCUGCAGGAGUCUUUCUGUUUGAGAGGCUUGACGGUCGGCACCGUGGUGAGGCAGGCGUGGGAACGUACAUGUGAGUUGAUAGGUCGGAUGAGAGUAGUUUGGAGGGUCUUUGUGGCACUUGAGGAGGGUGUUUGGAGCGGAGUAGGUUUGGAGAGAGUUUGGAGAGACGUCGUCACGUCGGGAAGAGUCGGGGACAUGAUCGUUUGUGUUACGCUUGUGAAGACAUUCGUAAAGUUGGGUCUCGAGGUGGCUGCGGAACUCGGGUGUGGGGAUGGUGUGAUGGGGUUGGCGACUCCGGCAAGCACGCCUAUUGCUUUUCCUGGAGGGAAUGGUGCCACAACUGGCACUAGCUCGCCAAACGUCAGUGCCUCAGACGGCUUCGGGGCGCCACUCACGCCGGCUCCGAGCGAGAGUACGAUCAGCGGCGCUGUCGCUGCGAUGCAAGUCUUGGAGAACGACCCCGACGCGCAUUUGGUGGAGGUGGAGGAUGAGAGUUGCGGGAUGUUGUUCAAGCCCCAACUCUCGGCGCUGACAGGAAUGGACGGUAUGGCAAAUGGGGCUAUUAUCCGAAGAGGAAGAGGAGAUGCAAGCAUGCGUGCCUUGCUGGGUGUGAGUCUCUACUGGACGCUACAGGUGAAAUCACAGGGAGGCGGAGCCGUGGAAAUCGGUAGCUUGAGGCAGGCAGAGGUGACAUUAAGGGAGGUGCUCAGGAUGUACAGGGCAUUGGGCGUGCUGACUCGAGCGAGAGGAUUGUAUGAAGGGGAGGGAGGUGUGCAGCCUGUGCAUCUGGCUGUCGCGUGUAAGGGAGCAAGGGGCUUGGAAGGGAUGAUGUCUUAG